AUGGCUGAUCCGGAGUCCGACAAGCAUAGGGCUCAUCUCGGGCUGUGCGGAAGUGCGAAUACCGUUUUACCAAUGAAAAGUGAAAUGUUAUCGUGUCUGUCAUCGAGGUGUCUUCAUCAUAACCCCAACGAAGCGGCCACCAAGCUCCAUGGGCCAGGUGGCUCGUGCCAGAGUGACCCUGGUAUGCUCAAUGCGGUGCAUGAGAUUGCACAGCACAAGCCACAGGUGGAUAGUCACGUCCCAGAGAUGAUAUGGCUCCAUCAAGUUGAAGAGACAUGCACAGCAAAACUCAGAAGAAGGCUAGAGAUUGACGACCCUGUACGAUGCAAACGCAUCUUGAACAUCCACGUAUCUUGGAAAUUUCAGCCGAUCACGAAUCUGAGCAAGAAAGAGUUUAAUCGCGUAUGGUGGAUGGUGAUAAUCUACCAUCGUAUCCUCUGGAUUAGCGGCGUUCGUCAGUAUGACGUUAACCCGAGUAAUCUCAUGGUUUACCGGACCCCGAGCGAUUUAGUGAUGGGCGCCUUCAACGACUGCGACUUGUCAUCGCCUGAAAAUGGGUCCGGCAGCCACGAGCGCACAGGAAUGAUACCAUUCAUGGCGAUGGACCUUCUCACAAAGAACACCAUCGAGGACAAAGCGGAAGCCCUCGUACCCGCACAUUGCUGA